AUGGAGACUGUCAAGAACGCCGCCAACUACGUUGUUGAGACCGUCCAGGGUGCCGGUGCCACUGCCUCCAAGGAGGUCAACAAGGAAGUGGCCAAGGACUCUGAUGCCAAGCUCAGCACCCGUGCCAACGCUGCUGUCGAUGCUCUGGGUGAUAAGAAGGAUGAGGUUACCCAUGAUGCCAAGGCCGAUGUCUACAAGGAGGCUACUAAGCACUAA